CCCCUUGGGGAAAGUAAUGAGCGUUGCACGUAUUGACUGCCAUGGGUUCCCGGUGGCGGCAAUGGCAAUGCUUGGUUCAGAUAUUGCGCCCGGAGGUUCGCCUGCUGCCAGCUAGCUGUCAGUGGCGAAAUCCCGUUAGGUUUUGGCACAACUCGGCUGUCAGUUAUCGCCAGCCGCCAGCCGGCAACGGACCGGCUCGGGGAAAGAGCGGGGCUGGUACGCUCUCUUCCUGGGGGACAGAAGACAACGAGGAGGGGGACCUCGUAGACAACGACAAUGAAGAAGAAGACGACGACGACCUGGACGACGUCGAAGACCUGGAUGCAGAAGACAAGCUGUUGGAGGAGUCGAGAUUACCUUUUCUCACGCUGGAGACUCAAAGGGUGUUUAUUGUACACCCGGCUGUGAAAUGGGGACCUGACAAGCCGAAGCUGACCACAGCUGAAUUGCAGCUAGCUGAAGCUGUUACUCUAAUAAACACCCUUCAAAACUGGACCGUGAUAGAUAAAAUCAUUCUGCCUAUACAAAUUCCUGACAAGAAAUUUAUCUUUCACAAAGGAAAUUUUCAACUUUUAACUGAAAAAAUUAAAAGAUUGCCUCUUUUAUCAUCUGUCUUCGUAAAUGUAGAAAUGCUCUCUCCUGUCACUAAAAAAGAACUUGAAAAGGCCUGGGGUGUGAAGGUUUUUGACAGAUACACCAUUGUCCUUCAUAUUUUCCGAUGUAAUGCUCAAACAAAGGAGGCAAAACUCCAGAUAGCUUUGGCUGAACUCCCACUUCUAAGAACCAAUGUAAGAAAUGAAGCUGCUCAAUUAGAUCAACAGAGAGGUGGCUCAAGAUACAUUAUGGGAUCAGGUGAAACCUUCAUGGAAAUUCAGCUUCGUCUCUUAAAAGAAAAAGAAGUUAAAAUUCGAAAGGCUCUAAGGAAGCUUAAAAAAAAUAGAAGUUUACUCAGAAAACAACGGAAGAAAUGUGAAUUUCCAAUUAUUUCAGUAAUGGGCUAUACUAAUUGUGGGAAAACCACUCUAAUCAAGGCCCUCACAGGGGAUGCAAAGUUACAGCCUCGAGAUCAACUUUUUGCCACAUUGGACAUUACAGCUCAUGCUGGUUACCUGCCAUCUCGAUUGACUGUUCUGUAUGUUGAUACCAUUGGAUUUCUCUCUCAGUUGCCCCACAACCUUGUUGAAUCAUUUUCAGCUACAUUAGAAGAUGUAGCUUGCUCAGAUUUAAUUGUUCAUGUGAGAGACGUUAGCCAUCCAGAAACCAGCCUCCAAAAGAAAACUGUAUUAUCAGUUCUCAAGAAUCUUAAUAUUCCCAAUCAUCUGCUUGAAUCCAUUAUUGAAGUACACAACAAAGUGGAUUUAGUAGAGAGAUAUCAACCUGAAGAACAAAAUGCUAUAGUCACUUCAGCUCUCCUUGGACAUGGUUUAAAAGAGCUGAAAGAAGAAAUUGAGGCAAGAGUUUUGAAAGAAACUGGGAAAAAAAAUAUGACAAUUAAAAUCAAUUUAUCUGGACCUCAGCUCAGUUGGCUGUACAAAGAAGCAGUAGUACAAGAAGUUGAUGUUGCUCCUGAAGAUAAUACAGCUAAAGUAAAGGUCAUCAUAAGCGACUCUGCCCUCUGGAAAUACAAACGACUAUUUCCUCACUCUAGUUAUUUGUCUUGAUAGCUGCAACCUGCUUUGCUUCUGGGAGAAAGGUCCUCCAGCAAAUUUUUAAGAGACAAGAGCUCCAAUCACAGUGAUGAGACUGCAGAUACAACGUUGACUCCAGUGGACUUAAAAAUUAAUGUAAACUUGGUUAAUAAAAAUGUUACUCCUGAUAUAAAGCUUGUCAGCUUUUCAACACUGAGUUAGUGAUGACAAUGAGAAGAAAGCAGUUCCAGGAUAAUUUUAAAUUUUUGUACAGGAAGUAGUUAUCUAUAUGCGACAAUUAUAUUGAAUAGAGGUUGAGGUGUUUUAUUUAUUUAUUAAAUUCAUAUGCCACCCAUGUCUGCCAGGUAAUUCUGGGCAGCUUGCAACAUCAUAAAAACAUUAAAUACGUAUUUUAUACAGCAAUAUAAAACAUUAAAACACUGGGUAUUAGCAUAAAACUGGGUGAACCAACAAGCUGGGAUGUUGAUUGUCUUCUUAGUCUACUAACCACCAAUAGCAGGGGAAUCCCCAUCAAUCUAAGGACCCAGAUUGUUGGGGGCAAUAUGCUGACUCUGUAAAGAGUUAAGUCCUGCUUCUUUGUACUUUCAAACAAAAUUCCCAGGGCGGUGCUGAACUAGACUUGAAGAGAACAAGAUUCUUGGCUAUUCCCUCAGCCAUGGAAAUUUUAUUGACUUUGAUCCAGUCAAACAUUCUUGGUCUGAUUUGUCUUACCAUAUUAUAAGAUUAAAAUAUGGAGAUAAACUGAUGGGUCAUCUCAUGUAAACUGUCUUCUGCUGAAAGAAGAAAGGGCUAUAAACCUAACUAUUAAUAAUACUUAAUUUACAAGUCUACUACUUACAUCACAACCAUAUCAACUUUGGGUAUAUUAAGGUAUAAUAAGUAGUUUACUGUUACGUCAACAUAACAUUAGUCUCAACCUAAGAAUAUUAAAUAGAAUAUAAUUUAACAAAAAAAAUUGAUUUCAGCCAUGUUGCACCUGCCUGCUAGACUAAGUUCUUAACUCUCUGAACCACUUUGAGCAGACCUUCCAUCACCCACUAUGAAGGUUAAUUGUAGUGAUAUUGUAUAUUUUAUUGAAGCUUUAUUCUACCUUGACUUUGAGAAUUUGUACAGCUAACUGACUAAACCAGAAUUUAUCCUAAACCUUCAUCCAUCAUUGCUACUUCUCUUUUUUGGGCUAAUUUCUUGCAUGUUUUUUUAGCCGCCAUCCUUCACCUCCUGAAAAUUUAAACCACUGAAACCCAUCUGCAGUUACAGAAUACAACACAGGAGCACGACUUCCAGAGUUCCAUGUGCAGCUUUGGCAUUCCUUCAGAAAUCCCUACUGAAUUGUAUGUUUCAUUGCUACACAAAAGGAAAAUGGACCCGUGCCCCUCCUGGCUGGUGCUGGCCACUCAGGAGGUGACACGAGGCUGGCUCCAGGCAAUUACGAGCGCUUCCUUGGUGGAGGGAGUCUUCCCGACCGCCUUGAAAGAGGCGGUGGUGAGACCCCUCCUCAAGAAGCCU